CCACUUACCUCGGUUACUUGCCAUCAUCCCAUGACUAGAAGGUGGUGUGAAGUCCUGCGUUAGACCAUCACAUCGGUUUCAUUGCGUUGUCCUCGAUCGAGGUCACAAUGACAGCCAUUUAGAGAGGCACAUAAGACUACUUGGAUAGAGAACACCAAAGGGUGCAUGCAUAGGUUGGAUAUGCUGAUGCCUACGGACAAUAUGAGUUCAUCAACUUACGCAGGCUCGCGAGCGGCAAAUCGCCCCAGCAUCCUGGAUCCUGCCCGUCCUAUUAGAGGCUUGACAAUCGCUUUCUGUCUAUGGAAAGUGCUGGUGUUCCUGGUCAUCGUCUCGUGCCCAGGAUUGGGCUACGAUACUUCCACAAGCCAUCUUUAUGAGUAUCAGGACCCCAACAGCUCUGAUGUCAUAUCAGAGGACAUCGAAGAUCUACUUCUCACCGUUCCACGAAAGUUCGUCAGGUGGGACUCUAUCUACUUCUUGCAUAUAGCUCAGCAAGGGUAUGUCUUCGAGCAAGAGUGGGCAUUUGGCUAUGGCUACACUCAAGCCUUAGCCUACCUGACUUCCGUUCUUCAAAACCUCACCGGCUUGGGAGGAGGGGUCAUAAUAGCGAUUGAGGCGAUCCUACUCUCUCACAUUGCACACUACCUCUCCGUUCUUGCGCUCUAUAGACUUUCUGUCAAUGUGUUUGGAAACGACAGUACCACGCAACGACUCAUCUGCCUGCUGUCUACAGCUUUACAUAUCAUCUGCCCCGCCGGAGCAUUUCUUUCGGCUCCAUAUGGAGAGUCACUGUUCUCGUUCCUGAACAUAACUGGUUUCUAUCUCUACUCUUCCGCUUACUUGGAUAACAAGAAUGGCAAGCGUCUGUCCGGCGAUUUCAAAACGCUUUUGUCCGCUGUUCUGUUCUCUGCAGCAACGACUGUUCGCAGCAAUGGCAUCUUGAGCGGGAUAUUGUUCGCCUAUGACGCUUUCCUCCAGCUUCGACGGGUCGUGUCACAGAGUAUGUCAUUGAACGCCUGUGCGCACCUGCUGGUUGCGAUCGUGAGCGGUUGUAUCAUUGCUCUGGGGCUCAUUCUCCCUCAAUAUAUCGCACACACGGCAUACUGUGGGAAUGAUCCUCAUUCCCGGCCAUGGUGCCAAUGGUAUGUUCCGAGUAUAUAUGGCUGGGUGCAAAGCCAUUAUUGGUAUGUGAUCUUCUAGCUCUGAGCUGCACCAAGUACACUAAUCAUAGGAAUAGGAACGUGGGUUUCCUUCGGUAUUGGAGUCUCUCGAACCUUCCACUAUUCGUUCUAGCAAUGCCCAUGCUGGCUAUACUCUGUCGCUCGUCUUUCUGGGCACUUGACAUGGCUGUCCCUUUCAUUUAUCC